AUGAGCUCGCAGACAUACCUUGGUGCCAGCGGCAAGGCGUUGAGCAUUCUUCAGCUUGCUCUCGUCGUCGGCCCGGCCUUUGUUAUUUUCGGUUACAACCAAGCCGGCAUUGGUGGUCUCCUCACUGAGGAAGAUUGGGUCAAGACAUUCCCUGGCAUCGAUACCGUCCACAGUGAAGGCUCCGAGAAGAGCCGCAAGUCGACACUGCAGGGCUUUGUCGUUGCGACCUUUGUUAUCGGUGCCCUUAUCGGCUCCUUGUCUUGCUCGUACACGGGUGACAAGUUUGGUCGACGCAAUGUUAUCUUCUUUGCUGGCAUCUGCACCUUGAUUGGAGAGAUCCUCGAGGCUUCCUCCUUUGGCCUUGCCCAGUUCAUUGUCGGCAGAGUCAUCAUUGGCUUGGGUGUCGGCCAACUCAGCUCUAUCGUCCCUGUCUGGCUGAGUGAGACUUCAGCAGCAAAGAACCGUGGACGCAGUGUUGUCCUCACUGGCCUUUUCAUGUGUCUGGGUUAUACACUCGAGUCUUGGGUUGACCUCGCCUUCUUCGAGUUCAAGCACGGCCCCGUUACCUGGAGACCCCCUAUCGCCAUCUCCAUCGCCUUCUCUAUCGUCUUGUUGGCUUCAGUCUAUGCGCUUCCGGAAAGCCCUCGAUGGCUGGUCCUCAAGAACCGAUCCGAAGAAGCCCGUCAUGUCGUCUCAGCACUCCGAGGUCUCCCUGAGGAUGCACUCGAGGUUCAAGCUGAAGUGGCCGGUAUUGAACACUCUCUCGAAGAGACAAGCCGAGGUGGAGCCACCCUGGGAGACAUGCUGAAGAUGGGCGACGAUAAGCUCCUCUACCGAUUCUGUCUCUGCAUCAUGCUUCAGUUCUACCAGCAAGCCUCUGGAUCCAACCUGGUGUCAGUUUAUGCGCCAAUUCUCUUCCAGCAAAACCUGGGCAUGAGCAGUGAGAUGUCUCGUGUUCUCUCCGGAGGCGCUCUUACGUGGAAGUUCCUCUCAUCCUUUGUCGCCUUCUUCACCAUCGAUCGUUUCGGUCGAAGAGCCGUUUUCAUCAUCAGCGGAGUUGGAAUGUCGGCCUGCAUGGCUGCACUUGCAAUCACGACGUCAUUUGGCAAGGAGAACCACCCUGCUAUGAUUGCUGCCGGUUGCUUCCUUUACCUCUACAACACCUGGGUCCCUAUUGGCUUCCUUGGCGCCAAUUUCCUGUACUGCACCGAGGUUGCGCCUAUUCGUCUGCGAAUGGCCAUGUCGUCCAUUUCGACAGCCAACCAUUGGCUAUGGAACUUUGUGAUUGUCAUGGUUACUCCCGUGGCCAUCAACACUAUCGGAUGGCAAUACUACAUUGUGUUUGCCGUCAUCGCCGCAUGCAUCCCCGUCUCGGUCUACUUCCUCUUCCCAGAGACUAUGGGCCGAAACCUGGAGGAGAUUGAGCUCCUGUUCAAGGACUCUCCAUCGGUGUGGUCGACCGUCAAAUUUGCCAAGACUCGACCGAUCGCUAUGCCUCAAGAGUUUGUAGGAGGAAAGGAAAAGAGCGAUCACAUCGAGGGUGAUGACUAA